UCGGCCCUCCACUACAUAGUCCAGAAAAACUCCAGCACAUGGUACCAACAGUUUGGACAGCACUGUUCUAGAACAUGAGCAUAUUGAGAAGAAUCAGAAGUGCUAAUAGGAGCAAGUAUAUGAGUGCAAACUUUUCAUUGGCCCAUAUACUGUACCUACUUAUCUGAGCCUGUUUAUAACAGCAACUUGUUACUGUCACAAGUUUAACGCUAAAAAGGAAAGUGAAAAUAUUCUGUAGCCUCUGUAAGAAUGAUUAUAGGUUUGGACUGUAUCGUGAAUGUCAGUUUUACAGAAAACACAUUUCUGUAACAUUUUUGAAGACAAUUUUCCUUUUCUAGCAACAUAAUUUUAAUCGGAAUCUUCACUCUGAAUACAGAAAGAAACGCCCCUCACUAUACGGGGAUUUCCUUAGUAUAGUUACUUUCUGUUUUAUUUAUAUUGAAUCAGGAGAUAAAGUCAUGCAUGCUCUUCAACUACAUGUUUCUAAAUGUACCCUUUGGAAAAUAAUAGCCAGAGUCACGCACUGCUCAGCAGAAUGUACUUCACUGUUUUCCAAUUAGUGGCCCAGUUGAAAAAAAUUAUUCUUCUAGGAAAUGCACCAAUCAGAGAACAGUCUGCACUAAUUAUUGGAGGCUGCCACAGCUUAACAGAAUAAAGAGACUUUCAGCUUCAUCAUAAUUUUAAAGGACAACAUUAAGAAUGGAUAGGCUGGAGGGAAUGGAAUUUCCUGAUGACAAAGCUCAUUUACUGCCCAGGUUGGAGGAUUAUUUUUGCAGUAAUUUUGACUAUUUCCUGCAGAAAAUAUUUUUAUUUCUCCCCAGAGUUGAUUUUAGCCAAUUCAUUCAUUUAUCCGAUAUCAAAAAGAAAGUCUCAUUACUUCUCCAUGAAUUGAUGAUGAACCACACUGAAACUUUAAAGAACAUUAUACAGAGUGUUUGCAUGGAUGGUGUCCUACCAAUGGACCUGGAGAUAGAGCUAGUAAACAUGACAGGGGAAGGUAAUCUGAUUUCUACAUCUUCAUUUGAGAAAAAAAGACGGGAGGAAGAAACUACAGACUGUUGGCUUUCCAGUGAAAUUGCAGGAAUUAAACGGCAGAGAAUAGAUUUCAUUGAAAGAUUUAAAGAGAAAAUAACGGAUUCCUUAUUACAGAAGUAUCAUUUCAAAUCUAAAGAAGAAUCCAGUCAACAUGUCAGGCAGAUGUUUGUUGAGCCAUUAAUCCAUAAAGAUGACAGGAAUCUCAAAGAAAAACUGAAAGCUAAAGUUGACUCAGGGGUGUCGUCGGGCACAGAGCAAAUUACCGACAGUAUGAAAAUAUCUAAUCUGUUUGAUAGGAGCAAUACCUCAGAAACACAUGCUGUUUUACUUGUGGGGAUGCCAGGCACUGGGAAAACUAUGCUAACACGACGGAUCUGCUACGAAUGGUCAACUGGGGAACUCAGUCAGUUUACGUUAACAUUUCUCUUUGAAUUUCGGCAGCUGAACUUAAUACUUAAAGCUGUGUCUCUUAAGGAACUUCUGUUCAAUCUGUUCCUGAAACCUGAUGGCAAUCCAGAGGAAGUGCAUCAAUAUAUCAUUGAAAAUCCACAACGUAUCCUUAUCAUGUUUGAUGGGCUUGAUGAAUUUAUUGGACAGAUUUCACCUGAUCCUCCUCAAGUAAACCCUGAUACUGAUAGGCCAGUCUCUAUCUCAGAGCUAUUCACUUGUCUCCUACAUGGAGUUAUUUUAUCUGGCUGUACUGUUGUGGUUACUUGCAGAUCAAAAAUAUUAGACAACAUUCCACUGAAAACCAUCGACCUUGUUGCUGAAGUUUUAGGGUUCAACCAGGAGAGAGUUGAGACAUAUGUGACGUCAUUUUUCCACACUGACCAACUUAGGGAGAAAGUUUUAUUACAUUUAAGAGAAAACACUAAACUCAUGCACAUGUGCUUUGUGCCAGCAUUAUGCCAUAUAGUAUGCAUUUGUUUGGAACAUUUACUGCAAGCUCCUUCGAGUGCGCAACUUCCUCAAACAAUAACACAGUUUUAUGUGGUAAUGCUGAAUAUUUUUAUUGCUAAAGACCAAAAAUCUCCCAAAGCAGAAAAGGCUCUGUUAAAGAAAUUUAAGUCAUUGAUCACCAAGUUAUGUGAUCUUGCCCUUAAAGGACUUGAUGAAAAAAAGACAGUGUUUUAUGUUGAGGAUAUAUCAAAAGGCUUGCAGGGCUUUGCUCCCUGCCAUGGCCUACUUUCUGUUUUUGAUGUAAAGAAAAUGGACAGCAGCAGUGAAACUGGGUAUUCCUUUAUUCAUUUAAGCUCACAAGAGUUUUUUGCUGCUUUAUACCUGAUGAUAAGCCAGAAAGUGACAGAGACUGCACUUAAUAAAAAACUCUCUCUGAAGUCAAAGUGGAAUUUGAAGCAUAAAACUAAAAAUGAAAUUACAGAAAACUUCCAUAUAUUUUUGUCUGGGUUGUCGUCCAAACAAUGCCAGUCAUUUCUGUAUGACCUAGCAGAACAUAGUGAGGCACUUAUUCAAAAGAAACAGCAAACUAUUAUUGAAUGUCUUGUUAAACUGGCAGAGACCCAGCUUACAGGACCAAAGCUUAUUGAACUGUGUCACUGUACAUAUGAAACCCAAGAUCUAGAUCUGGCCCGACGUAUUGGGGGACACCUUAAGUCAAAGUAUGAAUUGAGAAACUUCAGGAUAGCACCAGUGGAUAUGACAGCUUUGAGUUUUAUUGUCAACCAUGGAACGUGCUUGGUUUGUUUGGAUUUUGGAGGUUGCCCAAUGGAGCUGGAUUGUUUAGAGGUUCUAGGCAAAUGCAAAAACUUGAAUAGUUUAAGUUUCAGAAAUAAAAAAUAUGGAGACUCAUUUGCACAAGCACUUUCCAAAAACAUAGCCGGCAUGAAAACCUUACAGAGCCUCAGAUUGACUGCUGGGCGGCUUACAGCUGUGGGGGCUGCUUCACUGUCUCAGUCAUUCCUCUACUGUCCAGAGCUUAAAGAGAUCAGUUUGCAAGAUAACCGCCUAAAGACUGAAGAUAUGGUUAUUUUUCUUGAAUUAUUUUCUAAGAUGGAGCAAUUAAAAAAACUUGACUUGAGUAACAAUGAUAUUAUCAUCAGUGGUGCUCUGGCUUUGGCAAAAGUAGCUGCAAAGUGUCCCAACAUCACAGAUAUUAACAUUAGGUGUGACAAUUCUACAGCCAUCUUUUCAUCAGAAACUACGCUACUGUCAAGGCCUCCACUAUCUGAAGAUAUGCCCAGAAAGAAGGAAAUAAGCCUUACACACUGUGACCUGACCUCAGCUGACAUACAGCAUCUUGUACAGAUACUCCAAGAACUCUCACAGAUUUCUGAUAUAAAUUUAUCAGAUAAUCCUAUUGGAGACUUUGGCUGUAUGCAGCUGAUUAACAGCUUGCCUGAAAUAGAGAUUUCUGGCCAGUUAAGUCUUCAUAGGACUCAGAUAUCUGUUGAAGGCCUGUCUUACCUGGUCAACUCUAUGGUCUCUUGUCCAAGAGUAGAAAAAGUGGAUAUCAGGUUUAUGCAGCAGACGGCAGCCAUUCAUUUUCUACCACAGCCUGCUACAGGACCCAGAGAGAUCAGGAUAAUUGGCUUUCGGCUUCUUAAUAAAGUCUUUGGAAAACUUUGUUCCAUAUUCCAACAGUGCAGCCACUUAGCAAGCUUGGAUUUGUCUGAGAACAGUUUGGAAAAUUCUGGAAUCAAGCAGAUAACAGAGGUUCUUCCUGAUCUAAAAAGUAUGCGUUGUCUUAAAUUGAAUGGAAAUAAAAUCUCCAUGGAUGGAGUGAUUUACCUUGUGAAGUCUUUUUCCUCCAUUGACAACAUGACAGAUGUUUCAGUUAGCUUUGCUGGGAGCCAGAAAGUUGAAGUUACUUUUCAAGACAAGGAAAGGCCUAGAACCUCCAUGACUUUUGCUAAAGGAACAGAGGAAUGGCCUGAACUGCCGAAAACAUUCAGCCUCACAGAAUGUCGCAUAACUGCCCAGAUGCUGAAGAAGCUUUUUCAUGUUCUAAAACCAUGCAAAGCGCUCACCAUGAUCAACCUGUCCAACAAUUCGCUAAGUUGCCAGAUGAUUGAAAACCUUCUCACGUACCUGCAAGUGUUCCCCAAUCUGACAUUCCUAAACAUCAGCAAUAAUGACCUGUCUUCAAACUCUGUUUUGCUGCUGGUAAAUUCCGUAAAUCUUUGUAAUCGAAUUAAAGAAGUUGAUAUCAGGUCCUCAGAAAACAUCUGCUUGCAUUUAGAGAAGCAACAUAAAGCCAGUGAAGUCAUCUACAGGUUGACUAACUAUAAAAUUGGCAAGAAUGACAUUGAAGAGCUUAUGAAAGUAUUCAGAAGGAUUACAAACUUGACUGAAGUGAACAUGCGAAUGAAUAAUAUCAUGGAGGAAGGAAUCCUUGUCCUGCUUACCUCUCUGAGCAAUUUCAGGACUUUUACUAACAUUGAUGCCUGUUCACAGCCAAAAGAUGCAGUUCACCUCACGUUUGCCCCUGAUAAAGAUUUGCCAAAGAAAAUACGGUUAGCAGAGUACAGAUUUCAAGCAGAUCAUCUUCGGAAAAUCUGUUAUUUACUUGGCGGGUUCAGCAAUCUCACGCACUUCAUAUCAAAGAACAGCAACAUUAACCUUGAUGUCUUGGGGGAUUUCCUAGGAGUCCUUUCAGGAAAGCCCCAUGAUUUUAUCAUAAGUAUUGAUGAACAGUGGGUGAGAGGACAGAAUGUUAUUUCACUGAUAGAUAAAAUCACUAAGACGUGUGCCAAUGUUGGAGCAAUUCACAUAAACAAACACAAAGUGAAAAUAAAGUUAAAAGGAAGUGGAGACUCCCUUCAUAGAAGUUCUGUUACAUGUUGUGAAGAGCUGGUGUCACUAAGGCUUAAUCACUGUGAACUGGAAGAACAACAUGUUUCACUCCUCAGUCCAAUAAUCAUGCAAUGUACAAAUCUCUGCGAACUUAAUUUCUCAAAUAACUGUAUUGGAGAUGAAGGAGUCCAUAUCUUUUCUGAUUUGCUGAUUUCACUGCCCUUACUGAAUACUAUUGUGUUAGAAUCUGUAGGAAUGUCACAUGUUGGCAUGUCCCACAUUACUGAAGGACUAAGGAAUUGCAUAUCUCUUCAAAGUAUCAAUUUAUCAGGAAAUAUUAUUGGGGAGGAGGGGGCAAUUGCUUUGGCAAAUCUGCUGCCUGAGAAGAGGAACCUCUGCUUCAUAAACAUCUCACGGUGCUUUUCUCUUACCUGUGAUGGAGGACGACAAUUUAUCCAGGGACUUUCAAAAUGCCCUGAGCUGCAAGAGAUAUAUUUAGAUUCGGUGGAACUUGAUCACACUUGUCUUUCGAUGUUAUGUCAUGGCAUGCUACAAAUGCCUUUAUUACAAAUAUUGAGUUUAAGCUGCAAUCCCAUCAAGGAUGUUGGAGCUAAAAUGCUUUCUGGAGUUUUACCCAGUAUGAAGAACUUAAGAACCAUCAACCUUUCUCAGACCAACAUUGGCCCUUUGGGAGCAUUAACAGUUGCAAAAGCACUAGGAAGCUGUGGAUCUGUGGAAGAAUUACUUUUAGCAGUAAAUACAUUUGGAGAUGAAGCUGCAGAACAGCUAGCAGUGAUGUUACCAGUGAUGCACUCUCUAAAAGUCUUGAACUUGCAGUCCUGCAGUCUGGGAGUCAAUGGUGGCAGUGCAUUCAUGAUGGCUCUGGCAUCUUGUCAGCAGAUAGAAGACAUUUGUCUAUCAGGAAACAUAUUUGGGGACACAUGCCUACUGGAAUUUGCUAGAAGUCUUCAACAUUUUACCCAACUUAGGAAGAUAAACUUGAAGUUGUGUGAAAUAUCCGACAGUGUUUUCUGUUCCCUUGCUGUUGGCUUUGGAGGUUGUAAAAACCUUGAAGAAAUCAUAUUGUCAUGGAACAGCAUUGGUGAUAGUGGAGCAUUUUCCCUGGCCAAAGCUUUAAAAGGAAUGAGAAGACUGAAGAAGUUGGAUCUAGAGAGAAACCAGAUGACUGAACAAGGGGCAGAGGCAAUAGCUCAAGUUCUGAAUGGCUGUAUUGGGAUAAAAUUAAUCCGUUUAUGGGACAAUAAAAUUCCAAAGCCCAUUGAAGAGAAGCUGCAUAAUGAAGAUUCAAGACUAAACUUCUCAUUUUUUGAAUAAGAAAGGCACGACAAACCUUCCAACUUGAAUGGAGGCUCUGCAUUACUGCAUAAUAACUUCCAUCCUUUCUGCUGAUUUUAAACACCAGUAACACCAAAAAUGAAAAUGAUUAAUCUGACCUAACAGUCUAGUUAAUUCAGUCCAGUAUGUGUACAACAAAAUGCUCUGAAAGCAGAAUUUUUGGUGUCAGCAUUAAUGUUUUAGCAUGAACAAAUCAAAUCAGCACCAGUGUUAUUGUCUAACCAAAGUUUAGAAUUAGUGAACGUAUAACUACAUUUAGGGCAUUUUUAUUUUCUGGUGUUACUGACCUGUAAGGCAUGAUUGGUAGUUCAUGUUUGUCCUGUCCUGUAAUAGACAUAAUUCUCAUUACGCAUCACAAUAGACAUAAAAAUCAGCCUCAUACAAAAGAAAUCCAAUGUAAAUUAGCUAUUGCAGAAUGUAUUCCUCUGUAAAAACAAUACUUGAAUUGUCUCCAGUUUUUCUAAUGCAAGUCUAAAAAGCAUAUAGCUAUAAUGCACUGAAAAUCACCAGAGUAAUUUCACGAAAAUAUUGCACUAAGAGAGCACUGUCAUAUGUAUAAAAACAUUAGUAUUGCAUAUGAAAGUACUGAUUCCAAGUACAGAUGGGGUACAUUU